AUGGUGCACGAGCUACGCGCGGGCGGCCUGCCUCCGCCGACCGCCGAGGUGCUGGCGCGGCUGUUGCUGCGGUCGCUGGCGGAGCAGGAGUCUCGGUCCAAGGCAAGGCAAUCUUGUCGUCUGUCUCAGCAAGUGACGCUCGAGAGCCAGCACGCGUCGCUUCAGAGGGAGAUGGAGACCUCCGGCAGCGAAGCGGGCUGCGCCGGGUGGCUUCGUUGCGCGAGCCGCGGCGCCGUGAGCAAUAUAGGAGCGACUGCGCAGCGACCUCCAGAAGAGCGGACCGACACGCGGUACGAGAUCGAGCGGACGCAGGCUGCGAGCCGGCUCGACCUCAACUUGUUCCAGGGGCGUAUGCGAGAGGAGCACGCAAAGACGCACGAGCGCACGACGGAGGCGUUCGCCAGGAGCAUCCGAGGGCGAGAGAAGGGAGACCUGCUGCGCUACUCGGUCGGCACAAUGGCGGCCCUCACCGGCCUCGGCCUCACGGCGCUCCGACUGCUCAUGUGA